AUGGCUACUGCAAAGAUAGAGACUCUCAAAGCAGGAAACUCAAAAUGGCUCCAGGCCUACUUGGAUUCCCUCAACCCUGAGACAGAAUGGGAGGAGAUUAUCCGCACUCUCGCGAACUAUACGCUCAACGAAUUCGUUCUCAAUAUCAGUUACGUCAGCAAUUUCAUUCUCGUCAUUCAAGAGCCUCUGGGAAGUGAGGCAUUGGUCCAUACCGAAAAGGUCUUCGACCGAAAACAGGAACGAUUCGUGGACUCGGUGCGAUAUUUUACGCCUUGGUUCCUCGAUGGCCCUAGUUCGGAGAGGGUCAGAAAAUCUGUAUCAAGUUUGAACAACACACACAUGAGGCUUGCAAAGCGAUUACCGGGGAGGUGGGACAAUGACGACGAUUUCAUUAUGCCCUGUGUGCAGAUGGCCUUAUUCGGACACAACAUGAAGCAGAGAUUGGGUCUCCCAGCUGAUUCGCCACAAAUGCAACUUGCCUGGAAUCGUUGGUGUAAGGAGCUUUUCAAUCUCUUUCUGAAGGAAAGUGGACCAGUGGCGGGAUUCCCAGAGGACUUCCAAGGGAUGGUUGAGUACGCAAAUUGGUUCAACCACCGCCCAUUCAAGUCAACAGAAAAGGGUCAUCUAGCAUCUAGCGCUUUGAUUCAACAAUUCUGUGAGCGGUGGUUUCCGAAGCCGCUACAUUUUGUUGGCCAUGAAAUCAUCAUCACGUUUUUGCCUGACCGGACUGUGGAACGGCAUCGCCUCGGGCCCCGCAAGAAAUGGCUUGGUUUUUUUAUUGUUCUGAUGUUUCGCUUUAUGUUCUGGCUGCAGUCCGUCUUACCGGACCCUAAGCAACCCAGCUAUCCACACCUGGAUAGUCAAUCUGUGAAUCGGAUCACGAAAAUGAAAAUGGCAUUGACCGCUGUCAUGAGCAUAGCAACCAUUGGUACAAUAGUUUGUGCUUACGUGGUUAUGAGCCAUUAUUCUCACUACACAUCAGUUACUUCAACUUCAUUGCCUGGCGUUAGUAGCUGA